AUGGUGACAGCUGUAAGUGCGGCCGCUGUUGGUCAGUCGUGGGCUGAGAAGUAUAAGCCGACCACCAUUGCUCAGAUGUGCUACCCGGCGAGUGCGAACAAGCUAAAGGCGUGGGUCGAGGCAGUUGACGCCGAUAGUGCCAAGAAGCGAGGUGCGUUGCUCUCCGGUCCCCCCGGCGUGGGGAAGACAACGUCCGUCUACGUGGUGGCCAGAGAGCUGGGCCGUGUUGUUGUCGAGUACAAUGCCAGUGACUUCCGUAGUGGGAAAUCCCUCCGCGAGCACGUCACGGUUGCAAUUAACAACCACACCUUUAACAUGAACGCCUCCGCGUACGUCAAGAUCAUUCUUCUAAUGGACGAAGUGGAUGGCUGCGACAUUGGUGGGGUGAAGGAGAUUAUAGAAAUGGUCAAGUCAACUAAAAUACCAAUUGUUUGCACUUGUAACGAUCGCUGGCAUCCGAAGCUGCGGUCUCUCGUGAACUACGUGGAGGACAUUCGUGUCAGCCGCCCUCCUUGUAAUAUUGUGGCAAACUACCUCUGCGACAAGGUGUUGGCCCGCGAGGGAAUUUCUCUCUCGAAACAGCUUCUGCAGGACAUCAUCCAACGGUCUGGAAGCGAUAUUCGCAGCAUGUUAAACAACCUGCAGAUGUGGUGUCUGGACCGUAAGUUGCUGGAGCAGAAGACUCUCGCGGCGUGCGCUGUGCAAUCGGCAAAGGAUGGUGAUGUGGGUUUGUUUGAGGCGGCUGAGAAAUUUUUGCUGCAAGGCACCUCCCGCGGUAGGCCCCACUCCAUUGAGGAGUUGCAGGCCAUCUUUUAUAAUUCGGAUCUGGUGGAUUUGUUUGUGCAGGAGAACUACAUUCACUUCAAACCUGAGGAGCGGGAUUGGAUGGAGGCCGUGGCGGCGGCAGCCGACUCCAUCUCGCUCGCCGAUGUCGUGCAAUGCAUCAUGUACUAUGGGCAGAACUGGUCUGUUUCGCGUGCCCAUGUGCAGCUCUCCAGCAUUGCGCCCUGUGCCAUCACACGCGGCCACUAUCAGUCUUUUUUGUCCGGGCAGCAGGUGAUUUUUGAUCGACAGCGCCCUGUGAAGUUUCCCUCGUGGCUUGGGCAGAACUCCAGCGGGAACAAAAACAAACGACUUCUUCGCUGCCUGACGCUGCAAGCCUCACACCACACAAAAGGCAUUAGCGGCAAUCAGGAGGAUGUGCUCCUGGACUACAUUCCGCUGGGCUGGGAAGGAGCCCUCACAAAGCCGCUGGUGGAGCAAGGAAAGGCGAGUGUCGACGAAGUCAUUCGUUUCAUGGAUCAAUACCACAUUUUGCGGGAUGACUGGGAAUUUAUUCAAGCCGUCUCACACUUCAAAAAGAUGCGGGCUUCCCCUCUCAAUGCCGCAGGGGGCAACAUUCCGACCGCCGUCAAGACUGCCUUUACCCGGGAAUUCAACAAGACGCACCACGCCGAAAGUUUUGUGAAGGGGGCGUUGCAGCACAUGGCUGGCGUGGACACCCAAACCGACGACGCUGAGGGGGAGGAGAACGGGGACGGCGCAAAGCGGCUGCUGAAGGUAAACGUAGGGACCACCAAGAAGGCGCCAGCUAAGAAGACGGCGGCUAAGAAGGCAGCCAAGAAGGAGACCGCUCCAAAGCCCAAACCAAAGCGGUCACCACCAAAGGCUAAGAGGGCAGUGGGAAAACGGCGAAGAAAGGCAGAGGAGUCCUCGGACUCUGAGGAAGAGUUCACUGGAAGUAGUUCCGAUGACGACGACGAGUGA